CUUCUCCAACUCUUGCUCUUUUUGUCCAACUUCUCCCUCCUCUUCUCUUCUUCUUCAUCUCUCUCUAUGACCCCAAGUAGUUAUUGAAGAAAUUGUUUUAUGGGCAGCUUUGAAAAUUGAAUUCUGUUGAACUCUGAAGAAUUAUUUUGAAUUAUCUCUGCUGCUUUUUGGGGUUUCGACUCAAAGUUUUGGUGCAGACAAAUGGCUCAGUCAAAUGUACCAAAAUUUGGCAACUGGGAAAGCGAAGACAGUGUUCCCUACACAGUCUACUUUGAGAAGGCAAGGAAAAAUCGGGGUGGGAAGAUGAGAAAUCCGAAUGACCCUGCAGAGAAUCCUGAUAUCUUCCAGAAUGCUGAUUCAUCUUCAGCUCCAGCCCCAGCCCCGGCCCCGGCCCCAGCCCCUGCUCCUGCUCCGCCGUCAAAACCAGGAACUAGACCUGGGGAACCAAGGGUGAGUGGGGAAGAAGGCGAUUUCAGGCAGUUCAGAAAUUCUCCAGUCGUGAGUGAAAAUACGGGUCAGAGCAUGGCUAAUGAAUCAAAUUAUUUAGGGCGUGGCUCGAGGUCUGGUGGACAUACGAGGCCAAGUGCAGGUUCGGAGGACAACAUUGAGCGGUCUCCACUGCAUCCACAUCACCAGGCCAAGAUAACGGGGAGAGGUAGUGGAUCUCCUGCUUGGGAUGGAAAGAACUCAUACGAAAGCACUCAGGGUACCCCUGGAAGAUCUCGGUUAAAGCCAGUUCAAGGAGAUGAAAGUCUCGAUGGAGGUGCUGCUGUUCCAGUAUUUGGCGAAUGGGAUGAGAAUGAUCCUCAAUCUGCCGAAAAUUUUACUCACAUUUUCAACAAAGUGCGAGAGGAAAAGAAUAGCGGGGCUGGAAAUGUGUUAGGCACUCCAAAGCAUCCAUCUUACGGCGCUCAAAAUCAACAGCCCAAGAAUCAAAAGACUUGCUGCUUUCCGUGGUGUUAAAAAAACAUGUAGAUUUCCGAUUUCCUUCGAGCUUUCAAGCUAUGAUGAACAUGUAAAUAGCUCGGAAAUCUCUUCCAAUGCAGCGAUACUGCAUUUAUUCCAUGUAAUAGUGUGUGCCUUGGUACAAUAAUGCGAGAUCUUGCUGGUUCAUUAUUCCAGUUUGCUCUCAGUUUUCAUUGUUACUUGCUAGACUGAAAGAGAAAAACAUUGGGAAAUUCUUUCAUUCUAGUACUCCGUAGUAUUCGUACUGUUUUAGUAUCGUUUUACCUGUUAUAUUGCAAAGGGAAUGCAUUGAAUUGCUCGUAUA